GAUGGAGUAACUGCAAAUUAACGUAAGCAUCAUUACGGUUUCAUCCACACACGUUUCUCUCCAAUACAAAGCAUCCUAGGACCUAGGACCAAGGCACUCCUUCCCUGGAGUAUCAGAGCAUUUGGGGUAGCGUUCUUCAUCUCUAUCAGAAAUGACCGUAAAAAAAAGGACCCAUCGAUAUGAGUCUGAAAGUGAAACUCAUUUUGGGCUUUCCCCAAGUCAUACUUUUCUUUGAGGCGUACAAUCCCAAAGAGUUCCACCAGAUGCUUUGGGAGACCUCUCACAGAAGAUUGAUGGAAAUGACCGUGUUGGAGUAGACCGAUCGUGCCCAGACUAGUACACCCUACGAGAUCCAUUUUGCUGAAGAAAUAAAAAUGACGGAGAAUCGAAGAAUGACCAACCGAUGUCAACAAUGUCAAAAAGACCUUGAUACCAAGGAUUUGGUAAUUGAGGUACUGUUUGAUGUUACAUUUUCAUGCUCUUUUCUGCUCAUAAUCUUUGUGAUCACAAUUGCAACUCACAGUCACCAUUUUUGAAAAGCUCUCGAGAGAGAACAUCACAAGCGAAGGCUAACGAUGUACUCUCACCUUGUCCUCGGCUUAGCCAUUCUUUUCCUUGGCGCUAGCCAGUGCAACAGCAACCUGAUUCGUGGUAAUUCUUCGAUGUCUGCGAGCGAAGCCGGCGAUUCUGAAGCGCUGACAACAACCAUAUCUCGGCGUCUUGUCGAAAAUUUUGUUCCUUUGAGGUGCAAUGCUGCCAUCGGUAAAGCCCCUUGUUCAUCUUUCGUCACGAUGUUUGGCAAUGGCGCUGUUCGAUCAAACAGAGUCAUUAUUCCAUGUGGCAAGUGCGUUACAAUGGACUAUCCGGGACCGCAACUAACACUAAAUGAUGGCAUCGACAUACGAGGCAAACUAGUGUUUCCAGACGGAUACCGACUCACGGUUCGGACGAACUUGGUGUCGGUCCAAGGCGAGCUUGAGAUGAGAAGUUCUAAACCAGUUGAUGGAAACCCCGAUGUACGGUUUGUAAUGCAAGGUACUGAGAGUGCGUCGUUCGCACCGAUCAGCAGCAACGCCGCAAAAUGUGGAGGAAAUUGCGAUGCAGGAGCUCGAUCCAUUGCAGUAGCUGGUGGGAAGGUCAAUCUCAAUGGCCUACCUACUAGCACACCAACCUGGCUACACGUUCACGACGUUAUCGGAAGCUCGGCUAUUGUCGUUUCCAAUUCGGUCCGUAAUAAAUGGGGUGCCGGUGCAACUAUCGUCAUUACCUCCGAGCACCAAGGUUACUUUGGCGAGCAAGUUCGUAAAAUCACCAGCAUUUCGGACGUCGGCUCCAAUAGCGUGCGUCUCAAUCUCGACCAACCCAUCAACCGUCCGGUCACGCUUCGCGACAGCCCAGACUUUGCCACCGAGGUAGCCUUGCUGUCACGCAACAUUGUCUUUGAAGGGGCCCCCGGAACAAAGGGUGGCCACUUUUGGAUCAUGCACACUCCCCGAGUAAGGCAGCGUAUCGAAGGAGUGGAACUCGUUAACUUCGGACAAGAAGGCCUCUUGGGUAGAUACCCGGUCCACUUUCAUAUGUGCGGGGACGUCUCAGGCUCGGUAGUAGUCAAGAAUACCAUUCGCAAUUCCAACCAGCGCUGCGUUGUCGUCCACGGUACCAACAACCUCCUUGUUCAAGAAAAUGUAGCCUAUUUCACCAAAGGACACUGUUACAUGUUGGAAGAUGGCAUCGAGACGGGCAAUCAGUUUGUGCGAAACAUUGGCAUACGCACUGUCAAACCAGAGAUCAUCAUUCCGAACAUGGGUAGUAACGGCAAGGAAUCUGACAUGACUGCCAGUACCUUCUGGAUCACGAACGCUGACAACUCGUGGAUCGGAAAUGUAGUAGCCGGAUCCGAAGCCCUGGGCUUUUGGUUUGAGCUGUUGGUGCGUGGAAAUCUGGCCAACGAGCACCAAGACUUUGAUCCUAUGAUGGUUCCGACCCGCAAGUUCGAGGGCAACGUCGUUCAUAGCGUGUAUGGGGUAGGGAUGACCUACUACUUGAGCGGUUACAUCCCGGAGACACUGCAGUACUUCAAAAACAACAAGUUCUUCCGCAACCAUCACCUUGCGCUCCGUAUCCACCGGGCGCGAAACAUCGUUCUGACUGGCAACAAGUUCUCGGACAACAGAUAUGCCAUUCGAAUCGAUCGUGACGAAGAAAUUCAUGUCACCGACACAACCAUUGUUGGUUAUUCCGAUCUAUUCAAGGACGUGGUCAGAAGGAAUCGCUUUGCACAAGCACCAUGCGCCCAAGGGAUAUCUUUCCAAUCGACUAAUCCAUGGAAAGACAAGAUGGAUUCGGAGCUCAACGGUGUCAUUUUGGACAAAGUCAGAUUUUCUGGAUUUUCCAACGCGGUGUGUUCGUCUUCAACCGCAAUCGAGCUGGAUUCCCGACUCGACGGGUACAAAUCGUUCGAGAUGUUCUCGCAGUACUCCGGCGCCACCGUAAGUGACGCAAACUCGAUCGACUUUUGUCGUGGAAAGUCUGCCGGUGCACGUGAUGUGUACGUGUCCGAUACCACAGGUUCUCUUCUCGACGGCGUUGCCUCUGCUCCUUCUACUCUGAUGGUCAACUCGCCGGAGCUGGCAAGCUUUGUCAAUCCCAGUGCAUGUACCGAAAACGCAGCUCGAUGCUACACCUACUGUAGCAACACUUGCUUCCGUACCGUUCACUACUACGUCCCAGUGGGCCAAAGUCGAGACUACAAGCUCAAAGUAUGCGACCGCAAGGACGCGUCCGACUGUACCGUACUGUCCGGUUACGUACACUCUAAUCACCCCUGGCCUCGCCGAUUUGCCGUGCAUGUCCCGUCAGGGCGGGAGUACGACACUUACUUCCUUGACAAGGGAGUGCCUGUGUACCCAACGAAUGUCGAGAUUGUGUUCCAGGAAAAGCUUUGCCCUACGGCACCGGAUGAUGAUGAUAUCGCUCUUCUCUACAAGGCUCGAGGUACCACCUUUCCCCCCACGCCUAGUCCGACGACAGCUCUCGCCGCAUGUGGAAACUUGAUCGCAAACUCGGACUUUGAGCGUGGUUUCAACGGAUAUUGGGAUGCACAAGGAGCCGGUACAUUGUCUACUACAGCCGGCUAUGAAUCUGCCACAGCUAUGUACUACGCCUCUGGUAAUCGCAACCGGUACUGGGUGGGACCAUCACACCAAUGGCGAGAAGGUCUGGACUUGAAAUGUCUAAAGCAGGGUACCAUAUGGGAGUUUUCUGCUCGCUUGAAGCUUGUCGACUCAAAGACUGGAAGGGGAGCCUCAUGUGACCCAGGCUCUUCCUCGGGAGGCGAAAUGUGCCCUCAGGUGCAGCUCAUUGUGCGCGACCAAUCUUGGACUCAGCAUUCUUUCAGGAUCAGCGGCUUCGACGGUGGGGACACUUGGGUAGCCAAUGGGUUUAACGAGUUCAAAGGCUAUUGGACAAUCCCAGCGAAUGGUUCAGGAUGGCAAGGGGGUGUCGCAAACAUGCGAGUGAUACUUUCCGAAUUCCCAUUUGGUAUGGAUUUGGUUGUUGACAAUUUCAGCAUGGUACUGACGUUUGACACGAACAAGAGUCUCGCACAGUCUCCAACCUUGAGUCCGGUGCUGGCCGUGCCUCCUCCAACCCAAGCUCCUAUCCGCAUCCCAACUCAGGCUCCUGUCCGCAUUCCAGCACAAGCUCCAAUCCGCACUCCAAACGAAAGUCCGCUGAUUGGUCCCGGAACGGACCUGAAUACAUGCGCUAAGAUGAUCGCGAAUUCCAACUUUGAUCUGGGGUAUGAAGGAUACUGGUCAGUUCCUAGCGGCGGAAGUCUGUCGAACAAGGAAGGCUUCAGUUCCUCGACUUCCAUGUACUACGAUUCUGGGAACCGGCGAAGAUACUGGAUAGGUCCUGAGUACAAGUGGCCAAAUGGUGUUGACUAUGGGUGUUUGUUGCAAGGAACAACAUGGAAGUUUACCGCUAAAUUUCAACUUAUCGACGCUGCAACUGGUAAAGGAAGCUCUUGCAGCGUUAAUUCAAGUAAAGAAGGAGAAAUGUGUCCCCGCGUUCGACUGACUCUCCGAGACGAUGGGUGGACACUUCGAAACGUGAGGAUCGAUGGAUUCAGCGCGGCGGAUACCUGGGACGCCAACGGCAUGAAUUCGUUCACGGGCUACUGGACUGUCCCAGAAAACGGCCCGGACUGGCAGGGUCGUGUCCGUAAUAUUCGUUUGGCAAUUGCUGAUUUUCCCUUUGACAAGAAUCUAGUCGUUGAUGAUUUUCAGAUGGCGUUUUUCAAUACGAACUAGGAAAACGCCAACAAACUCAGAAACCAACAAACGGUUCCAACAAAAUAUAAACUACUCUAUAGUCG